AUGGUAUAUUGCCAAGAUACAAGUCUUAAUGGAACUUUUUUAAAUGGUAUACUUAUUGGUCGACAACAUACUGUUCUUUUAUCGCAUGGUGAUUCUAUUGGGCUAUCCAAUGUAUACCAAUUUUCGUAUAUUGAAAAUUCGAUUUUCAAAUCUGAAAAAUCUUCUCUUAUUGAAGCUACUAAAGAAAAAAUAGGGGAUUAUGAAGUAUCAAAACGCAUUAUUGGAAAGGGGGCUUUUGGCGAGCCUAACAUUAUAUCUGUUCGUGACACAUUUUUCAAAAAUCACAAAGUGUUCAUAUUUGAAGAUCUCUUGACGGGAGGUGAUUUAUUUAGUUAUCUUAUUGGUCCCAAUGAAACAUUGCGAGCUCUUCCAGAAGCAGAGGUCCUAUUCAUAUGCUAUCAAAUUCUACAUGCUCUACAAUACUUACAUUCUUUGUGUAUUGCCCACAGAGACCUAAAGCUUGACAAUAUUUUGCUAGAAUCACCUUUUCCAGGAUCAAGAGUGGUUUUAGGAGAUUUUGGAAUUGCAAAAACGCUUUCAGAAUCUAGAUCCAAGAUGUCUACCGUGAUCGGAACGCCCGAGUAUAGUGCACCGGAGGUUGGAUUUAGUAGAUCUAAAGGUUUUGAUGGCUAUAAUCUUUUAUGCGAUAUGUGGAGUUUGGGUGUAAUUGUUCAUAUUCUAUUUACAGGUAUUUCACCUUUUUUUGAUGAAAAUAACGUUAAGCAAACUGCCAUAAAUGCGAGCAAUGGUAAGAUUUUUCUGGAAACCGAGGAAUGGAAUAAGGUUUCUUCAAAAGGAAAAGAUUUUGUUUCCAAACUUCUUCAGGUUAACCCAGAUAAACGAUUGACCAGUAAUGAAUGCUUUCAACACAAGUGGAUUAUGCGCUUUGCGUCACGCUUGGAAGAGCUUUAUAAUGAAAAAAUCGUCAAAGGCUGGAUAGUAGCACAAAAAUAA